CAUUUUCAAAUAAGUGAUUUCAGAACACUUCGAGUGGAAUGAAGAAAUCCAUUCUGUCGCUCCGUUCCAUUCAUACACGGUGCUCCAGGCCGGAUUUUAGUAUGUGCGUUGCUGCUUGGAUACACGCAAAACUUGACCGUUUGGCUUCUUUUAAACCAUUUCCAACUAACUGACGAAUUUUUGCCUGAAAACACUAGCAAUAUCACACACAGUGAUGGAGACAGCACUUAAAGUGUUGGCUGUGAAACGUCAAGAUGAAGGAGGGUUACAGAAUUACAGACAUAAGAGGGCAGGUGAUGAAGAUGAAGAAGGAAGACACAGGAACCCCCAUACAAACAGGUAACAUGAUGUCAGCGCAGCCCCUACCGACACCUUGAAGACUCACCACCAAAAUAUGGAAUCAUCCAUGUACACACCCACAUACGUACUUGAUUACAUUCAGAGCUUCUGAUAAGGAGAGAAAUGGCAUGUCUCGUCACUGGCCCCAUAUCGCUGCCUGUGGAGGCUGGCAUCAGGGCCAGCUGAUGCCACAGCAGAUCUGAGGCAGCUGCAGUUGAGAAGCGCAGACAUGCAACUCAGCACUGCACCUACAGUGGCUCGCAGGAGGAGAGGAAAUCCGGACAGCCAAGGUCUGCUAAGUGUGCUGAGUGUGUGUGCUACGUUACUGCAGUUAUGCGCUGGCUGUCCUUCAGAGUGUGUGUGUAACUCACUGGAAGCUAACUGCAGUGGGCGGAGUCUAGUAUCUGUGCCCGCUCUCACUUCUCUCCCGGAGGGCACACAUACCCUCCUUCUGGCCAAUAACCGCCUCUCCUCCCUUCCCGUCUCUGCCUUCGCCAACCUAAGCACCCUGGAGACACUCGACUUGUCUAAUAACUAUCUGGACAACCUGCCUUCCAGACUGUUCCGUGAGCUGAGUAACCUGAACGAUUUGAGUUUGCGUAACAACAGCCUGACGGUUUUGGAUCGCGAGUUAUUUCGCGGCCUGACCCAGCUGAGGAGACUGGAUCUGUCUCUGAACGGCUUGGCCGCUGUGCCGCUGGGCCUGCUAGAUGAGCUGCAAGGGCUGACCUGGCUCUCCUUGGCUGGGAACAGACUUCACGCCCUGGAGAGAGCCACAUUUGAGCCUCUGGUCAACCUUCAGCACCUGGAGCUGGGCAUGAACCCCUGGGAGUGUGACUGCAACCUGAGAGACUUCAAACACUGGAUGGAGUGGCUGAUAUAUCGAGGCGGUAAUGUCGAUGCCGUUGAGUGUACACUUCCGAAGGACUUAAGGGGUCGUGACAUCAGGGGCGUUCCUGUGGAGAUGUUCAACUACUGUCUGCAAUUGGAGGAUGAGAAUGGGGGCGGGGCUGGGAGCACAAAGGGUGGAUCUCCACCAUGUUUUCGAGGGACAGCCACUCCGUCGUCUGAAGGUGCAGUGGUGCGUACGGAGGCGGAGCUACCAGACUGUGUAAAGCAUCGUUAUCGGCCAGUCAGUGUUCGCAGGGCGAUUGGUACAGUAGUGAUCGCUGGUGUGGUCUGUGGGAUCGUGUGUAUUAUGAUGGUAGCUGCCGCAGCAUAUGGCUGCAUUUAUGCCUCUCUAAUGGCAAAAUACCAGCGAGAGCUAAAGAAGAGGCAGCCUUUGAUGGGUGACGCAGAGGCAGAAGCUGACCAGGAGGAGAAACAGAUCUCAUCAGUUGCAUAGGGGAAUGGGGGAGAGGGGUCAGAGUUCAGAGGUCAGCCACAAAUAUAAAGAACCCUUUACUGGUUGAGCUGCACAUUUGAUGAUCAAUUAGCUGACCAGCGGAGGAUUCAUCAUCCCUGUUUCCUGUCUCUCUGUCCUUCCUGAGACCCUCUCUGACUCUCAGACUUAACACUUUACUCAAACUUUGGCCUAUGACCUUUGACCUAUUUGCCCCAGGACAAGAGGGACCACUCAGCACUUUAGAACUCCCCCACCCUCCUCCAAUGUUGAGAGGAUCUCAGCAGAGGAGGUGUGGAUGCAGCUGUUCACAGUUCUGAACCCUGAUGUUUCUAGAGGAUCAUGUGCUGGCAUUAGCAUUAGCCUCUGUAGCAGCCUAACCAACAACCCAAAACUCCAAAUCAUAACUCUAAUCCCAACCUCUCAAAACUAAUCCAAGCCCCCAACUCUAACCCUAAGCCUUUCAUGCUAACCCCAACCAUAACCAUCACCUCUGACACGGUCUACACUGGGUCGCACAUGCAAAUGGCACAUCACAUCAAAAGCCAAUAAUCAAUACUGUCUACUAGGGAUCUGCCCGAAUAGCGAAUCCAUAUUCGGAAAGGCAGGGUAAAUGAAUAAUGCGUUCUACGGAGCCACUAAAGCAGUGGUGUCCAAACUCGGUCCUGGAGGGCUGGUGUCCUGCAGAGUUUAGCUCCAACUUGCCUCAACACAGCUGUCUGGAAGUUUACAUUAUGUUAGUAAGAGCUUGAUUAGGUGUGUUUAAUUAGGGUUGGAGCUAAACUCUACAGGACACCGGCCCUCUAGGACUGAGUUUGGACACUUGCUAGUGGUUGCCUUUUACAUAACAGUACAUAAAAUUUUACUUGCCACAUAAACAGAGAGAGGUAAGGAGAGAUGACUGAUAGGAUGAUGGCGAAUUAUUUGCACAUCCUGAGCACCACUGACAAACACCUAAUAUUGUGAAAUCUUGUGAUCUUGUGCCGCUCCGUAGUAGAGUAGGCUAUGUGUAAACGCGAAUCUCGAAAGUGAAAGUAAAAUGCAAACGUGCAUUCAUAAGUGAUCUCUAUGUCCUCCAUAUUAAUAACAUCUCACUGAUGCCCGCAAUUUAUACCCAGGAUAAUUACCCAACAAUAUAAUUGUGAGAGAAAGCAUUGAAAUAUAUUUUUCUCGUAUAUCUCAUGUUUAUUCCCUUUAGGGGUGCCGUAGUACAUGUAUUCGGAUUUGGGCACAUCCCUACUGUCUACAAUGGAUACAUUCUGAUGCAUUGAACCUUAAAUUGAUGCCCCAAUUUCUGACAUACUACAUGGGCUUGUUCUACUUCUGACAAAAGGGCAAAUUGAUGUGCUUGGUGUAGACAUGGUGUAAUCCAGUACUUUCAACUAUACUACCAAGCCUAACCUAAAACUUCCAGUUCUACUCCCAAACCUUAACCCUAAACAUACAACACAAAUCCCUACCCUUACCAAAAACCUCCAUCCUUAAUCUAAAUCCCUAAUCCCAAACCUCCAACAGUAACCCCUACCCUUACCAUAAACCUCCAUCACAAAUCCUAACCCCCAACUCGAACCCUAAGCCUCAAACACUAAUCUAAACCUCCAACACAAAUCCCUACCCUUACCAAAAGCCUCCAUCACUAAUCUGAACCCACAACCAUAAACCACCAAAGGGAAUCUCUACCCCUACCAUAAAUCUCAAUCACUAAUAUGAACCCACAACUCUAAACCUCCAUCCAUAAUCCAAAUAUUCAACUCUUACCCUAAACCUUCAACUCUACUCCCAACCCAAACAUUAAACCCCCAAUACCAACUCUAACCUCCAGCACUCACCUCCAACCUUAAUUGUAACCCUUAACCCUAACCCAGUGUGAACGGAACAUCAUAACCCCCACAUAUCAUAUUUGAAAUAUUCCCACCUUAUUUAUCAGUUAUAAUAUAUUCUAUACAAUGUGAUGUGACCCCAGUUUUAUGUUUUUAAGUGUAAGGUUUGUCCUUUCUAUUGUGUGAUGAUAAUUUGUCUUGAUAACAUUGUUUUGUUUGUUUACUGUUUCUCCAUGUUCAUCUCUAGAGGUCAGAUGUGUUUUUAUAAGCCUAGAAGAAUCCAGCCCUGGUGUCUGUUGUGAAGUGUCUUGAAGUAUCGUGAAGUGCUAAUGUAGAGCAGGCUGAAGACUCUGUUGAUGUUAGUGGAGGGUGGCACAUCGUGGCUAUUGGAACUGUUAAUUACACCUUGGUGGCUAAAGAAGCACAGUGGCCCUAUAUGAUAGCUGCCCUCAAAACAAAAACAGAAAGACAAUAGCUGAGAAGGAAAUAAAAAGGAUAGUAUAAGAAGAUAUAAGCUAUAAGAAGGAUAGACUUUUAUGUGCAAUAUAAAUUAAUGUCUUUCUUGAUCGGUUGUUUAAUUCUGGACUAGGAUGUCAUAGCUGAUUUAGUCUGAUCUUUUCUCUUGGGCUGGCGAUGGAGGAGAAUCGAUUGCGCCUGUGUGAUCAAUUUUCUGCUUGUGGACCAAUUUGCAUAAUCUGCUUUUCCUUGAGGGCAGAAGUUGUUUAGACUAAAUAAUUCAGAUACAUUUGACUUGAGCUUUCAGAAGCCAACAUAUAUUAUCAGAAUAAUCUUUUAUGCGGCAAAUCAACCACAGCGACUGGAUGAAAAAGGGAAAGAAAGACUACUAGCGGCACACUGUAACCAACAUAUUUCCUCAGUAUUACUGAAAAUUUCGAAUCAGAAAAUAAUUUUGCUAAUAAAGUCAAGAGUAACAUCAUAUUUGGGUGGUUUGCACAAUGCUGCCAUCUAUAGGAAGGAUAUGCAGUAGGCUCAAGAAGCAAAUAUCUCACCACCUCAUCAGGAUUUAGGAGAUGCUCUUCCGUUGUAACUAUAGCAACAGUCUUUCCCACACAUUAUUCAUUACCAAUGCAAAUUACUGGUAAGGUUGCUGGCAAAAAGUUGUAAAUCAAAAGUACAACUAAUUUAUGUGUGACUACCCACACCAGCAGUUAAGCGUCUAGGACUUUGUCUCUGUGUUCAGUGAUAUUUGCAGCCAUAUAUAGAGUAUAUAUAAGUACAGAUAUACAUUUAUUCAAAUGUAUGUUGAAUAUAUGUAUAUAUUUUAAUCUGUGUCUUACAAAUUAUUUAUGAACAAUAACUUGAUUGCAAAAAUUGAGUAUACUUUUCCCUGUGUUUCUUGUGCAAUCUCCUUUGGUAGAGGAACUCUUAAAAAUUCUCUGUCAGAGAAUUCAGAGAAAACUCAUGAAUUAUUAAUGAGAGGAGUUUCGUCUAAUGGCUGCGGUCUCUCCUGCCAUUACUGUUCAUUUAGCUCUUAUUUUAUACAGCAUGUGUCAAAGGCCUGUACUCUGCACGGGGCGACAAAACACGUACCCUGUAUCCUCUGAUAUGAAAAAAAAGCACUUUUGCCACUGGUGGACUAAUACUUUCCUGUCAAUUUGCACUUAUCGCAAAUAUUCUCAAAAGGGAGCACAUGCUUGUUUAUUGCCAAUGUCAGCAAUGCGCUUUAUCUGAAUAUUAGCCGACAGAGCAGUCGUGAUUUAAUGUCAGUGGAUAUGAAGGGCGGUUUAUAAAUGAGCAAUGACUCAGCUGGGGUGUCUUUACUCUCUGUCCUGGCUUUACAUUUAAGAGCAGGGACACCACACACUUCACUACACACCCUUGCUAAAUAAAGGCUUUGUAAAUCCCAAUUGAUGGAUGAGAGGAAAUGAUCUGCCCAUUUGACUGAGCUGAAAGCAUCUUCAAGAUCUUUAUGAAGUUCUGGUUUAAUAUGUUAUAGCUUAUUGAUGUGACCCUUUCUUCACUUGACCUUUUUUCUAAGACUAAUAUGAGAUCCUCCUUUAUAUUUUCGCUUGAUAAAAAUCAGUUUGAAAUAUGAUUUGUGAGCUGUGAUAUAAUUCUGUGUUAAAAAUGAAUAAAGAAUGUAUUUCCGUAAA